AAAAAUAUAAAUGAGUGUUGUUGAAUGUUAUAUUAACAGAAAAUUAGAAAAUAGAUUUGACCUUUUUUUCUAGUUUAUUUUUAAUUACAUUUAAUGACAUCUGAAGUUAAGCUUCUCUCCCCAGUCUAGCAAUCAUCUGCGAACAAACGCGCAAACGGUCCAAUGUCCAAAUGUUUUGCUUAACACAGUCAUCACUGAGCAGCUUUCAAUCUUUCAAUUGCAUAUUGGUCUGAAUAAAGUUCAUAUUAUAAACACUUGAGCUCAAGAUGAUUUACAUUGUAAUGUUUAAUAUCCAAAUACACAUAGCUUAAAGAGGCAGACUGAGAAAGGUUUUCUAGGUAAGAUGAAAUAUUUGAAGACAGUGGGUAAGCGGUGGUAUCAUAAAGGUCUAGGAACAACUCAAGCCCAUGUCCUUCUUGUUGUGGUCCCACAUUGUGUGGGCCCCCGUCCAUGUUUUCAGCCAACAGGACAGGCGUUUGUGCUCUCACGAUGGCUUGCUGGCAGCUGAUCUGAGCAGUUGGAUUGCAAACAGUUCUUGUGGGAUUGAUCUCCGGGGGGAGGAUAAUCUGGGUAAUCCUAUAACCACAUCUGAUGGACUCCGCCUCUUCAGCCGAACGUCGAUGCCCCCACCUUGUGCCUUUCCUGAAAAGUAGUGGAGUCGAGGAGUGUCUGUGUCAUUUUGUGGCACCCAAGUCUGACCCCUGAUCUGGUGUGUCUGGCUGCCCGCCAGUGGUGUGCUGAAAGCAUGUGGCACCCCAUGCCGUCACUGUCCACUGGAGGAAGUCCCGGAGGCGAGAUUGGUUGUGGUCACUACUCCAUGAGCACAGCCCAUCCGCACCUUCACGCACCGCCACCUCACAGCAUGGUGGGCCACCCGUCUGUCAUCAGCACUUCCAGGCACUUGCAGUCCCCCAUGUCCUCGUUGGGUUCGCCCAUGAAUGGCCUGACCUCACCUUACCCCGUCAUCUCCUCAUCUCUGGGCUCACCCCCAGUAUCGCUGCCGUCCACACCUAACAUGAACUUUGGAGCGCUCAGCAGCCCACAGAUGAAUUGCAUGAACAAUGUCAGCAGUUCAGAGGACAUCAAGCCACCGCCGGGUCUGCAGAACCUGGGGAACCUCAACUAUCAGUGUAUGAGCCCCGGGGGAAUGUCAAAGCACAUCUGUGCCAUUUGUGGCGACCGCUCCUCAGGGAAACACUACGGUGUGUACAGCUGUGAAGGAUGCAAGGGAUUCUUUAAGAGGACCGUCCGAAAAGACCUCACCUACACUUGUCGAGACAGCAAGGAGUGCCUGAUAGACAAGCGCCAGAGGAACCGCUGCCAAUACUGCCGCUACCAGAAGUGCCUCGCUAUGGGCAUGAAGAGGGAAGCUGUGCAGGAAGAGAGGCAACGUGGGAAGGAGCGAGGGGAAAAUGAGGUGGAGUCCACCAGCAGCUUCAACGAGGAGAUGCCGGUGGACAAAAUUCUGGAUGCUGAGUUGGCAGUUGAGCCGAAAACAGAGACCUAUACUGAAGGCAGCCCGGGGAACUCGACCAACGACCCUGUGACGAACAUCUGCCAAGCAGCAGACAAGCAGCUCUUCACUCUUGUGGAGUGGGCCAAGAGGAUUCCUCACUUCUCUGAACUGCCACUUGAUGACCAGGUCAUCCUUCUAAGAGCAGGCUGGAACGAACUUCUCAUCGCCUCCUUCUCUCAUCGCUCUGUGACGGUAAAAGACGGCAUCUUGUUGGCCACUGGUCUCCACGUACACAGAAGCAGCGCCCACAGUGCUGGCGUGGGCUCCAUAUUUGACAGAGUCCUGACUGAGUUAGUUUCCAAAAUGAAGGACAUGCAGAUGGAUAAGACGGAGCUCGGCUGUCUCCGUGCAAUCGUCCUUUUUAAUCCAGAUGCAAAGGGUCUCUCUAAUCCUCCGGAGGUCGAAGGCCUGAGAGAAAAGGUCUACGCCUCUUUAGAAUCAUACACCAAACAGAAAUAUCCAGACCAGCCCGGCAGAUUCGCCAAGCUGCUGCUGCGACUCCCUGCUCUGCGCUCUAUCGGCCUCAAGUGCCUGGAGCAUCUCUUCUUCUUCAAGCUCAUCGGAGACACGCCCAUCGACACCUUCCUGAUGGAGAUGCUGGAGGCCCCACACCAGAUCACAUGACCCCUGUCCUCCGCCCCCUCUCCCCUGUACAUACACCUGUGAUGUUAGCGCUAUGAAGAUGAAUUAAAAAAGACUUAAUUGACAUUGUAUUUUUUAUCACGGUUAAUUAAAGUGUUUAAAUAAUGUUAUUGUGAGGUCGUGGGGAGGUUCACUGUCGGAGUAAAUUCUAAUAGAAUUGUUAACACAUUACCCAUGUAAAUAGGCAAUUUCAGGUGUUUUAAACGCAACCCAAUGCAAAUCAUAUUUUAUUCAAAGAGGAAUUGUAUAAAAAAAAACAGAUGACAUCUGUAUUUCUUAAUACACUUGAGAAUUCUUGCAGAAUAAAUUUAUUUAAA